GAAAAUGUCCUUAUCCAGUAACGAUUAAUUUCUAUAUUAAUAAUAAUUUGUGAAUAAGAAUAAUAUGGCUACCUCAAUGGAAGAUGUUUUAUUACAAGUACCUUAUGUACGUUAUAAAAAAGGCGAUGGAACUUUGUUUCUAAUGGAUCAAAGAUUAAUUUGGAUGGUAGAAAAUAAAGAUACAGUUGCAGUAUCUCACGCUUACGCCGAUAUAAAAUCACAAAAAAUUUCUCCAGAAGGUAAAGCCAAAGUUCAACUUCAAGUCGUCCUUCAUAAUGGUGCCUCCUCAACGUUCCAUUUUACCAACAAAGCUGGUAUGCAGGCUCAAUUAUCCGAUAGAGAUAAAGUUAAGGAUAUGCUACAGUCUUUACUGCCAAAAUUUAAAAGAAAAGUAGAUAAAGAAUUGGAAGAAAAAAAUAAAUUACUUUCAACAAAUCCUUCCUUACUUCAGUUAUAUAAGGAUUUGGUAAUGACUGAAGUUGUAACAUCAGAAGAAUUUUGGUCACAGCUCGCUCAACAGUAUACCCAAAAGCAAAAACUACCCCCACAAGAUAUCGGUGUUUCCGGUGCAUUUCUUGCAGAUAUUAAACCUCAAACAGACGGUUGUAACGGACUUAAGUACAACAUCACCCCUGAUAUUAUAGAAUGUAUAUUUAAAACUUACCCUGCUGUUAAAAAGAAAUAUAUAGAUAACGUACCUUCUAAAUUGAGUGAAUCACAAUUUUGGACAAAAUUUUUUCAAUCACAUUAUUUCCAUAGGGAUAGAAAAUAUGCUGAAAGUAAAGAUAUUUUCACAGAAUGUGGUAAACUAGACGAUCAAGCUAUGAAGAAAGACAUCCAAUCAGGAGUUAAUGAUUUAUUGAUAAAUAUAACAGAAUUUGAAGAUAAAACGUUAGAUGACGGAUAUGGUUUAACAUCUGAGAAAUCGGUAAAUAACUCCGGUACGGUUAGCCAAGCUAUGAUAAAGAGAUUUAACCAACAUUCGAUUAUGGUUUUAAAAUCGUCAAAAAAUAUACAAGAUUCUCCUCAAAAUAGCACAGAUUCAAACGUUAAUAACACAAACGGUAAAGCUGAUUCUAAUAGUAAUGGUCCGGUUAAUAAAAGACAGAGGCUGUUGGAAAAAAUUAAGUAUACAGAUCUAGAAGACGAAGAUUCCGAUAAAAAUAUUAAAGCUGUUCAAUUGAAUUUAUCUAAAGUAGAGAGAUACCUACAUGGACCGAUGCCAGAUUCGAAUACUGAUUAUUUAAAUUCCAAUGAAGCUUCGUCACUAUUACGUGGAGUUAUCCAGGAAACUAAACAUUGGAGUGGAAGACACCCGACGACUUCAUUAGUAACACCUGCAGCUGCGGUUGCUGCUCUAGGGGAACUAUCACCUGGUGGGGCUUUAAUGAGAGGUUUCCAGGAACAGUCCCUCGCUCAAUUAGUGCCACCUGAUAUCGAAAAUGAAGUUAGAAAUUUGUAUUUGGCUCUGUGCGAAUUAUUAAAACAUUUUUGGAGGUGUUUUCCGCCUACUACUGCGACUAGAGAAGCCACGUUGGUUAAAAUGCACGAGGCUUUGAAUCGAUUUCACACCGCUAAGUUGAAACCUUUCGAGGAUAAAUUGAUAAGAGAGUUGUCACCACUUUCGCAUCAUCUUACGAAACAUCUAAAUCAAUUGUUGAAUGCUGCUUAUCAAAAAUUUAAUAAUUGGCAAAAGAUUAAAAGUCGUUAAGAAAUAUUUAGGCAUUAAAUGGAAUAUAAGGAAGGAUAGUGGAGAUUUUUUACGUUGUAAAUACUGUGAAAUAAAUCAGACGUGUUUAAAAAUCGAUAUUGUAUUUGUAACACUUUUUUUUCAAUAUAAUCAAUUAUCAAGAUAA